AUGAAACUAUUUGAACAAGAAUAUAAGUAUAAUUAUGACUGGGGUACAGUAACAUCUGCAUUUUGGUUAAAAUAUCCUAAUAAUGUUCAAAAACAUAUAAAAAAUAUCGAUGUUAUUGGCAGAAAAAUUAAUAUAAAAGAAAAAACUUUGAAUUUAAAAAGAAUUAUUUAUCUUCAAUAUUAUAUACCUAAAAUAUUUAAAAAUAUUUUUAAUAUUGAUGGAAAAGGGUUAGCUAUUGAGGAAAUUUCAAUAAAUUUAAAUAAAAAACAGUUAACAAUAAAUACUUUUAAUCAUACACUGAAUCCUUUUAUUAACCUUACGGAAAAGUGUGUGUAUUUUCAAAAAGACAAUGAUGAAACUCAAACAUAUUAUAAACAGACUACAACCUUAAAUAUAAAUGGGCUUGGUUAUAUGAAAAAUCUUAUAGAAAAUACAAUAAUAAAUACAAUUAAAGAAAAAAGCAAACAAGGGAUUAGUAUCAUGAAUGAUACAAUUAAAAAGACGAUUAGUGAUAAUAUAAACAUUAAUAAUAAUAAUAUAUAUAUUGAUAAUUUACAAAAAGAGAAAAAACAAUAA